AUGGAUUCUUCUGAAUCUUCUUAUCCUCAAACCUCUCUUCUUGUUUCUGACCAAUCGCCGGUGCUUGACACCGCUUCAGACUCUGACGGCUUUGUUAGCGGUGAGGAAGGGGAUUUCGAGGAUGAGCCUACCAAGCCCAUUCUUGUCAAAUCUUCGGAGCCGGCUCAGGAGCCUGUUGUGGAUGGGUAUGUCGAUGAGCCCCCCAGGCCCAUUGCUAAGGUCACUGAGGACGACGAUGGUUCCCUUGAGGACACGGAUGAUGUCGCUGAGGGUGCUGACGAUGUCGUUUUGCAGAAGGGCGGUGAGAGGGGGGAAUCUGGGGAGGCGGUGAAGGAGGGGGAUUUUAGCGAUAGUAACGAGGUGUUUGUGGAGGCUUCUGGCGGUGAUGAUAGAGAGGCGGAGAGUGACGGCGGUGGUGAGAAUGGAGUGGAAUUGAGUGGUGCUGCUGAUAAAGGGUUUGAGGGUGAGGUUGUGGAGUUGGAUGAGAGAGAGAAAAAAGAGAAGGCGGUGGAGGAGGUUAACGAUGGUGGGACCAAUCAUUUGGAUUAUGUGGUGGAUGAGAAGAAGGGUGAGGGUGGUGUUGUUGAAAAGGAUAAUGAUGGUGGUGUGGAGGCUGUUGUUGAUGGCGUCCAGGUUAAUCUAUUGGGGUCUGGGGUUGCUGUUGUUGGAGAUGAGCUGGGUGUUGAAGAGUCUCAGAUUAAAGGGUUAGAUGAGGCGGCUGGGGUGACUCGUGGGGUGAGUUUGGAUAAUGGUUUUGAUGCCAUUGAAAAGGGUGGUAAGGACGAUGAAGAUGAUGUUGUCGUUGAUAAGGUUGUUGAUGGGGGUGAUGAGUCUUCUGGUCUAAAUGUUAAUGUUGAUGAUCACGUUAGUGUAUUGAGUUCUGAAGAUGGUGUUAUUGGUGGGGGUGACGAGUCUGGUGAAAAUGGAGUUGAUGGAGAUGGGUUAAAGAGUGACAUUGUUGUACCUCGUGAGGAAGGUGACGUUUCGGAGUUUGUGGAGAAAGAUGAGAUUAAGAAGGAGGGUGAUGUUGAAGGGAAGAUUGAGAACCAUGUGGAGGAGGAGGGUCACAAUGAGGUGGGGGUUGGUCAUCAUGGUGACAGAGAGAUUGAUGGUUUGGUUUUGGAUGAGAAAAUUGAGAGCUCUGGAGAGAAGGUGGAAGAGGUGGAGAAUGUUGGUAGUUAUGAUGAUGACAGGGAGAUGAAUGGUUUGGUAUCGAAUGGGAAGGUUGAAGAAGUGGUAUCUGGAAGCAGUGCUGCUGCCGCCAAUAAGUUCUUGGAGGAUUUGGAAUUACAGCAGCAAUCACGGGCCAGUGGGAGUUCGCGGGAUGAGGGAAUUGAUGGCCAGAUUGUUACUGACUCAGAUGAAGAAGAGGAGACCGAUGAUGAAGGAGAUGGCAAGGAGCUGUUUGACACUGCUACAUUGGCAGCUCUUUUGAAAGCAGCGUCUGGUGCGGACCAAGAUGGUGGCAGUAUCACAAUAACCUCUCAAGAUGGAUCGAGGCUAUUCUCAGUUGAGCGCCCUGCUGGUUUGGGCUCAUCGCUCCAGUCAGGUAAACCUGCCGCGAGGCCAACUCGUCCAAAUAUUUUUUCUCCUUCCAUUAGUAGAGCUACUGCUGUUACUGAGAGCAAUUUGAGUGAAGAGGAGAAAAACAAACUGAAGAAAUUGCAGGAGAUUAGGGUAAAAUACUUGAGACUUGUUCAUAGACUGGGUUUUACUACAGAAGAAUCAAUAGCAGCACAGGUGCUCUACCGGAUGACACUUGUUGCAGGGAGGCAAAGUGGUCAAAUGUUUAGCCUUGAGUCUGCAAAGGAGACUGCUACUCGGCUUGAAGCUGAGGGAAGAGAUGAUUUUGAUUUUUCUGUAAACAUACUUGUUCUUGGGAAAGCAGGUGUGGGCAAGAGUGCUACAAUAAAUUCAAUUUUCGGUGAGACAAAGACCAGCAUUAAUUCUUGUGGACCUGCUACUACUGCUGUGACAGAAAUUGUUGGGGUGGUUGAUGGAGUGAAGGUAAGGAUUUUUGACACACCAGGCCUCAAGUCUUCUGCAUUCGAACAGAAUUUCAAUACAAAAGUGCUGUCUGCGGUGAAGAAAUUGACUAGAAAAUCCCCCCCUGAUAUUGUGCUCUAUGUGGAUCGCCUGGACCUGCAAACUAGAGAUAUGAAUGAUCUGCCGAUGUUAAGAUCAAUUACUAGUGUCCUGGGUUCGUCAAUAUGGCGGAAUGUUAUUGUCACUCUGACCCAUGCUGCCUCUGCCCCUCCUGAUGGGCCAUCAGGUGCCCCUUUGAGUUAUGAUGUAUUUGUUGCUCAAAGAUCUCACAUAGUUCAACAAACCAUUGGACAAGCUGUUGGGGACCUACGUCUCAUGAAUCCAAGCUUAAUGAAUCCAGUUUCUCUUGUUGAAAACCAUCCUUCUUGUCGAAAAAAUAGAGAUGGCCAGAAGGUGCUUCCCAAUGGUCAAAGUUGGAGACCUCUCUUAUUGCUCUUAUGCUUCUCAAUGAAGAUUCUCUCUGAAGCUGGUAACGCCACAAAAACACAAGAAUCAUUUGACCACCGCAGGCUGUUUGGUUUUCGAACUCGCUCCCCACCACUUCCAUACUUGUUAUCUUGGUUAUUGCAGUCACGUGCCUACCCAAAACUCUCUGCUGAUCAGGGUGGGGCUGACAAUGGUGAUUCUGAUACUGAAAUGGCUGACUUAUCUGAUUCUGAUCUAGAUGAAGAUGAGGAUGAGUAUGACCAAUUACCACCAUUUAAGCCUAUGAGGAAAUCGCAGGUUGCUAAGCUUACUAAAGAACAGCAGAAAGCAUAUUUUGAGGAGUAUGAGUAUCGGGUGAAACUUCUACAGAAAAAGCAAUGGAAAGAGGAGUUGAGAAGGAUGAGAGAGAUGAAGAAAAAAGGUAAUACUAAAGUAGAUGACUAUGGUUUCCCAGAAGAAGAUGAUCAAGAGAAUGGAAGUCCAGCUGCAGUGCCAGUUCCCUUACCCGAUAUGGCCUUGCCACCAUCCUUUGACAGUGACAAUCCAGCUUAUAGGUACCGUUUCUUAGAGCCAACUUCCCAGCUCUUGACAAGGCCAGUCUUAGACAACCAUGGCUGGGACCAUGAUUGCGGUUAUGAUGGUGUAAACAUUGAACAAAGUCUAGCCAUCAUCAAUAAAUUCCCAGCAGCUGUUACUGUUCAGGUAACAAAGGAUAAGAAAGACUUCAGCAUCCACUUGGAUUCCUCUGUUGCUGCAAAACUUGGAGAGAAUGGAUCAUGCAUGGCAGGCUUUGACAUUCAAAACAUUGGAAAGCAACUAGCUUACAUUGUUAGAGGAGAGACAAAACUCAAAAAUUUCAAAAGAAAUAGAACUUCUGGUGGAGUGUCUGUGACAUUUUUGGGUGAAAACGUGUCUACCGGGCUGAAAAUUGAGGAUCAGAUUGCUGUUGGGAAACGCUUGGUAUUAGUUGGUAGCACAGGGAUUGUUAAGUCACAAACUGAUUCCGCUUGUGGUGCCAAUGUUGAAGUACGGCUCAGAGAGGCAGAUUUUCCAAUUGGCCAGGACCAGUCGUCACUGAGCCUUUCUCUGGUGAAGUGGAGAGGAGACUUGGCAUUGGGAGCCAAUCUUCAGUCCCAAUUUUCUCUUGGACGUAGUUAUAAGAUAGCUGUUCGUGCUGGAUUGAACAACAAGCUCAGUGGACAGAUCAGUGUGAGAACAAGUAGCUCGGACCAGCUUCAGAUUGCCCUUGUUGCCAUUCUUCCGAUUGCCAAGGCUAUCUACAAAAACUUCUGGCCUGGGGCUAGUGAGAAUUAUUCCAUCUAUUAG